ACUUUUGCCCUUUUGCGGCUAUGAAACUGGACGACAAGGCGAUUCGGUCGCUGGCAGUGGCCAAAUUGUUUCGGGAAAACACCGACCGCAUAAACAGUUUUGACUUUUCUCCUGACGGACUGCUGCUGAUUUCAAGCUCGGAUGAUGAUUCGAUCAUCAUUUACGACUGUCAGAGCGGAACAAGGAAAAGGCAGGUAAACAGCAAGAAAUACGGUGUUGAUCUCAUACAUUUCACCCAUGCGCCAGACACCGCUAUUCACAGCUCUACGAAAGUCGAUGAUACUAUACGCUACCUGUCGUUGCACGACAACAAGUACAUCCGUUACUACCCCGGACAUGGCAAAAAGGUUGUCUCGCUGAGUCUUUCUCCAAUCGACGACACAUUUAUUUCUGGAUCUCUGGACAUGACCAUUCGUUUGUGGGAUUUGAGAUCGCAGAGCUGCCAGGGAGUGAUGCGUUUAACUGGUCGACCCGUAGCAGCGUAUGACCCCGAGGGCCUAAUUUUUGCAGUUGGCGUCAAUUCAGAAUAUGUCAAGUUGUACGACCUUAGGUCUUUCGACAAAGGUCCAUUCAACACGUUCCAGUUGCCACAACAAGACAAAGACUGCGACUGGACCUCGUUAAAAUUUUCUCCCGAUGGCAAAGUGAUUAUGAUCGGUACAAAUGGAACCGUUAUUCGAAUGAUCGACGCCUUCCAAGGACAUCUGAUAUAUAAUCUCGUAGGUCAUGUUAAUGGAAAAGGUUUACCGUUGGAGUCUUCGUUUACUCCGGAUUCGAAUUAUAUCUUUUCUGGUUCAACCGACAGCAAAGUGUACGUUUGGAGUGCUGAAAAUGGCAGUCCGAUCGCAACGUUAGAAGGGGAACACACGGGACCUGUUCAGUGUGUACAGUUCAAUCCCAAGUACAUGAUGUUCGCAUCGGCGUGUAGUCAGCUGGUAUAACA